AUGCUGCUGUCCGAUGAUGAGGUGCAGGAGCUCCUAGCCGUCACCGCUUCCUCAGGAUCGUCGCGGGAGGCGUCUGGGGUCACGGCUUCGUGUGAAAAAUUAAACCGUUUGGUUGCAAGCCAGCAGGCGAAAACCAGAACGACUUGGGGGAGACUAUUGGAGUUUGUGAAGAUUGGGGUGUUUGGAUACCCGAACCAGCUAGAAAGAUACAUUGUACAAAACGAGGCCAACGACUGUUCCUUGAUUGCAAAGUAUGCCACAGUCACUGACAUUGACCUAUCACAACAAUCAGGCUUGUCUGUGGACAGCGUCACGCUAUCGACGUUGAGAAUCCCGCAUCCGUUGACCAAUUUCAUGAGAAAUGAAGCAAACCAGCAGUUGGCUCCCGAGCUUCAAGAACACAUCGACAAGGAGCUCAGCGAAAGCCCCGUGGUGGUUUUCAUCCAUGGAAUGGGGGGACAGAUGUCCCAAUUUGAGCCCUUGAUGGGUUUAUUGUCCCAGUGUUGCGAAGUGAUAUCCUUGGACCUCCCUGGAUUUGGGAAUUCCAAGGUGAAAUUCUUGGAAAAUCACAAAUUUCUAACUCCAAUUUCCAAGGAGGAGCAGGAAAGAAUAGCCACUAGUAUUGCGAAAAUGGCAUGGCAGGAUUUCCAAACCGACAACAUUGUUUGUAUUAUAAAGGCCUUUUUAACCCAGGAGCUUCCGCAACAUAAGAAACUAAUCUUGAUUGGCCACUCCAUGGGAACACACAUUUGCGUCAAACUCGCAAAAUCGUUACCCAAGCUGCUGGUUGAAGGGAUGAUAUUAUUGACCCCGCCCACGAUUGUCGAUGAUGUCCACGUGGACAAGACUCUGUCGUCGACCCCUAAAUCACACUCGUUGUUCAAAAUAUUCACAUACUUUCCAACCGCGUUUGACUACUUUCGCAUUUGGGAUAGACUACCGGGACUAAGCAGUGUCAGUGUUGCGCGGCAGUUGUCCAACACUAGCGCCAACCUGUACAACAGCUUGCGGCAGUUUCGAUGGAAUUUGGACGUAAACUCGUCGAUUGUGUUAAAGUAUGGAUACGGAUUCAAACGAGCAACAACUUCGGAAUUGCUAGCUGCAUUGAGCCGGUUCAAUGACAACCCCAGCGAUCAACGCGUAUAUGAAAAGACGUUGUUUGUGGGAGGCUCAAAUGACCUAAUGACUCCGGUAAAGGCGAUAUACGACGCCGACAAGUUUUUAUCGGAAACUUUUGGAAGAAAAGUCUCCGCUUGUAUCGAGGUGAAAGACGUGGGCCACUCUCUACUUUUGGCCAAGCCCGAAUUCAUCAGUGGGAUGGUACUAAACCACAUUGAGCAAAAAUUUCCAGAACGGUUGCACUUGUCGCCCGCCUGGGUUUUGAAAGUGAAAGCACUAAUAUCGGGUGACAAGUGGGGGUUGAAGAAUGAAUUGAAAUGGCUGAACUUGAAACCCAUAUCUUCAAACAUCACCAGACGCGAUGACCGUGACGACCCUGAGGUUGCGCCGAUAUUGGGUAUGAAAACUCUUCGAGAAGGCGACAAGUUUCACUCUCCGGCGAUUGUGGAGAAGCGCUUUUACCACACGUCGACCACGGCGACGACCACGGAUAACGACGUCAAGGGCAACCUCAUUGCAAUUAUAGACAUAUCCGCCGACAUUCCGCCUUACAGCCCGAAGGCGUUCGAAAGGAUACAGUAUUACAAGUGCGCUACAGUGUCUAAAGUGGUGCCGGACCAAAGUUCCAUAAGAAGGUUUCUACAGUUGAUUGAUGACAUUUUGCAGAAUAAUGACGUUGAAGAUCCCCUCAUUGGAGUGCAUUGUCACUAUGGCUUCAACAGGACUGGCUUCCUAAUCUGCUGCUACUUGAUAGAGAAGUUGGGAUGGAGUGUGCAAGAAGCGGUUGAUGGGUUCAAGCGGGCAAAGCCACCUGGAAUCAAGCACCCGCAUUUUAUCGACGCAUUGUAUGUCAGGUACGAUAGUUAG